UAUGAGCUAUAUGAGAUUACCACAGGGAAACGGGGCGACACUGCAGCAAACAAAGCUAAUUAGUCACUUUGUCAUAAUGAGGGUGGAAGGAAAAUAUAUCCUUGUCGUACUCCUACUUUGCUUCUUACCUGAAAGAGUUACAUCAGGAUCCUCUGACUGCGAGGUAGAGUGUUGUAGGGGGUGCGAAGUCCACUUCACUGGAAAAAUAAGCAAGAAACAUGCGACCCUCACCGAGCGGAGGUCUCGCUCCAGCUCAUACAGCACGUCCUGUGGCUUCUGGGCGUGGGGCUCCUGCAGGAAAUACCGUCGGCAAUACUACAUCCACACGGACUACAAGACACUGUAUUACAGCACCGUAGGGAUGAAGUGUGACCCGAGCUGUCAAUGUACCGACAGAGUUUCUAUGCUCCCACCUGCUAUAUCUGCUGCCUCCAACUCAACAACAUCCGGCGGAAAAUAGUUCCAUCUCUCCAGCCUCAGACUGAAAGCGGUUAUCACCCCUCUCAAAGUGGACCCUUCUCCCCAAAUUACGACUUGAAGUAGUGCUUCUCUAUAGGUUCCGAUUUUACGCAGUUCCAUAUCCCUCUCUAACAGCCAACUCUCGAAACUCCCGACUUGGUCACCUGAACGUGCAUGCAAUCAUUAGUGUUUUCACACACCGCGGAAACCCACAGCUGUCUAUGUAAUGUUAAUGCAGCAAACAGAUUCAUAUCAACGUUUACAUUUGUGCAUGCGCUGUCAUUUAAGGUCGAAGUACAACGAAGCUUCAAAUUGAGACUAAAAGAGAUAAAAAAAGAGAGCUAAAAUCUCCGAGCUUGUGUUUGGUUUGUAACCAAAGUCAAGUAGAAAAAUUCUCACAAAAUAUUCUGUAAUGUACUUGAUAAAUAUAAGAUUAUAUUUGAUAUUUUUUAAAUUUUAGUAGUAGUAGUGGUAGUAGUAGUAGUAGUAGUAGUAGUAGUAGUAGUAAUGCACGGUUUCUAUUGAGAUAGAAUCAUAUUUUCUUUCUUUGUUUGACUUUUUCUGAUUUCAGUGUUACCAUGGGCACUUCAUGGUGUUACGUCCACACUUGAUGUUCCAACUAUCUCUAAUACAGCUACACUGUUUCUUUUGUUUUGUUGUAAUCUAUUAAAGAUAUCUUUUGUUCAAGUUUGAA